AUGAACUGCGCCAAACGUGUAUUACAUGUCCAAAUGAUGGCACAACCACAACCUGAAGAUGGAAGAGAAAAAGGGAUUUGCAUCUGUAUAAAAACGGGAGACGAUAACAUAUAUCUAUAUCUCAAUUCCAAAUUUGGCAACUUUCAGAAAUCCUUCCAAGAACCUCAGGGCUGUAAUCCAGUAUCAAGCAUCUUUUGGAUCUCGAAAGCCAACCACCAAGUUGCCUGCUCCAUAGACAUCGAAAGAGGAACGGAGGGCUCCCCGACCCGCACAGCCCACCAGACUCGCUCUCUGCAUUAUCACGCCACACGUCGAUACGAAGAAGCAAAAGACAAAACAACGAAAAAAAAAAUGGUUAAGCGAAACAUUACCAUCGCUAUUAUCCUCAUCCUUUUCUUCCUAAUUGUCGGAGUAAUCUGCUUCGUGAUCUACGCCAUUAAAAACAGCCUCGCCUUUUUCGGCCGUCAGAGAGCAGUCGAUGAAGAGGAUGGAGAGUGA